GGUUGAGUCUAGCUGCAAAUGGAAAUUUGGAGCUGCUCUGAAACGCCUUCUGGAAUAAUUGUGUUUGACUGGAAUCCAAUUCUUGUGAAGUCCCCAAGGAUGAGAUUCUCUGCCAAAUCAGUGCUGCUGUCUCAUUGGCUCCUCCUGGUCUCUGUCCUAAUGGUAUGCAGUAAACUGUUGUCGGCCUCUAGCCAUCAUCUCCGGGGACACCCAGGGCACCACCAGGUCAAGCAAGGGACAUGUGAAGUGGUCGCUGUGCACCGUUGCUGCAAUAAGAACAGAAUUGAGGAGCGAUCCCAGACUGUCAAGUGCUCGUGCUUCCCAGGGCAGGUGGCUGGUACCACCAGGGCUCAGCCUUCCUGUGUUGAAGCCUCCAUCGUCCUACAGAAAUGGUGGUGUCAUAUGAACCCAUGCCUGGAUGGAGAGGAUUGUAAGGUGCUUCCAGAUUAUUCUGGCUGGUCUUGCAGCAGUGGCAACAAAGUCAAAACCACCAAGGUCACCCGGUAGCCCAGAAUUAGCUGGGUUUUGUUGUUGGUGAGAAGAACACAUGUGCCAGAGUGCUCACUCAGAUGAUCACAUAGACCUUUUGAGUGAAGAUUCUCUUGGACUUGAGGACUUUGAGUCUCCAAAUGGGCAUCCUGGCUGGCAGCAUCUCCUACCUGCUCUAGCACCACUUGCUUUUUAGGAUGUCCCCUGCUUGGGAAUGACACAAAUUUAAGAAAACUGAAUUAACACUGAAUUACAAGUUUUUGAGAAAUCCCCUAAAGAGGGUCAAUCCUAAGAACAUCUGAAAGCAAAUUGCUUCUUUCAUAAAAAUGAUUUUGAUUUUAAAGGAGAAAUGAUUGAGUUUGAAACAACCCACAGCUGUCCUUUAUGUGUGUAUGUGUGUCCCCCACCCCCAGUAGGCAGUGCAUUGGCUUGGGCUGAAACUUACCCAAAUACCCAAUGGACUUAGAGGAAGAUGCUAGAAAAGCAUGUUGUCAGUAAUUUUUAUGGGUUUGGAUCAAUGAAAUAGGGGAAGUGAAUUUUUUGAACCUUUAGCAUCAGUGGGCUCUGUAUUUUGGUUUUGAUAUGUACAAUUUCCCUCAUCGUUUCAGAUUUUGACUUGUUGAGAAUAGAUUGUUUUAGUAACUAUUUGUUAGAUAGACAAAUAAUUGAGUUUGAAUUAUUCUUCGGGUGUUGACUUCUGAAUGUGAAAUAGCUAGGCAUUGGUGCAACAUCUCUCCUUAUAUUUGUUAAUGAGAUCCCUAUUAAGGGCAGAUCUACAGAGAAAGGAAGUUUUGUUUAGAUUUUCAGUCUUUUGACUAUAUUUUGAGAAGUUAUUUAAAAUUCAAAAAUGUCUCUGUUCUAGAUGAAAAAGAAUGAUCUCCCCUUGAUCCAGUUUAUGGUAAUUAUAAGAAUUCUGCAUUCAAUUCUGUAACUGAACCAAUUGUUUAAAAUGCCCACUUUUGGGAGGGAGAUAAUGGUCUCAUACCACCUUACAUUUUUCUCCCAUUGUUUUCCCCAUCAGUGCAUUAUUCAUCUUGUUUCUGGAAAUGUAACUGUCAAAGGAAGUGAAACUUGCGUUCCUUUUCUCCUAGCUUUAUUAUUUUGAAAUUCAGAUGCCUCAAAAUAGACCAAAAUACAGUGAUGCAAAUGUGCCCAUGAAUGGCUGUUGACCCAGAUGCCAAAUGCAUAGCGGUUAUGAAUAUGUACACACUAUUCUAAUACCAUGGGACUGAUUUUUUUAUAUCAUCAGAAAUGCCAAGAACUUACACUUUGUUGCACUAAUUUAGUCCAUUGUACACAUUCUUUCUAGUUUAUGAGCAGUAGCACCAAUACCAGAAUGUUGUUUAUAACAGUGACAAUUAAAAUUCAAUUUUACUCCUGUAGAAUGAUCAAAGUCAGUUGCAAAGAACCAGCUGUGUGGAUCCAUUGUUUGGUUUCUAGGAGUUUGUAUUUUAAUUUUAUAGUUUCCUAUUCUUAGGAUUCUGGUAGAUGCUGUAUUAGUUAAUAAGUAAAAGACAAAACAAAAACCAAAACUCUUUCUGCUGAUGUUUGAAGGAUGUAUGAGGAGAUGAGUGUGUGUUCUCAAAUGUCAAAGGAUUUGCAUUUAAAAAAAAUGACUCUGUCUUGUCUAAGCUGGAAAAAACAGGGCCUACUCAAAGACUGAUCCCAUUAUUCAUUGGUGUGAAAACUUUGAUCUUCUCUGUUGGGGCUGAUUCAGUCUUCCUUUGGCAAUUUGUGCCUUCUCUCCAACCCCCCCCCCCACCUCCUGAGAUCUCACCAUAUUAAUGCCAAACUUACUGCAGACAUAGCCUACCAAAGCUCAGAACUCCUCGGUAUGAGAUCUGCCAGUCUUUGACUCUUACAUAGAUGGGAUUAUAGUCAUGCGCCAUCAAUCCUAGCUUUGGAUGUUUAAUGAACUGGCAAAAAAGAGAGGAGAACCUUGAAAUCUAAGGCAACCAUGCUUUUGACAAAGAUAAUUUUUCCAUUUACCAAUGAUAUGGCAUGAAGAGAAGAUUAGUAAAAAUUUACAAAUACUACUUGUGUGCUUUUUCAUAGAACAAUCUAUUUCUGGUCUGUCCCCUCUCCCUCCAAGAUAGCUCUUUCUUUCUUAGUAUCAUGGGAGAAUAAACAGAUUUGAAGCUAAAAGCAGCACUUGAAGUCAUUUAAUUCAACCCUCACAUUUGACAUAUGAGGAAACUGAGGCACAGAAGUGAUGUGAUUUGUUCAAAGUCACACAGAUAAUUAAUUACAAAUGGAGGAUUAUGCUGCCUCAUACCUGUGUAAAGGACCUGUGACUUCUCUUGUGGGAGAUCACUCUUGACCAAAGCCCGUUGCAGUCUGUUUAUGACUUUGAGUGCCAGGGAGUUGUCCAAGGUUCAGCCAAGUUAAAGUGAGUCACACAUGGUCACCCAGCUAGUAAGUGUCAGAGUGGGAUUUGAGCCUGCAGCUUUCUGAUUUCAAGCCCAGUGCUAUUCAUUAUGCUAUCCUGUCAUUCAUAAUUUCAGUAUCAUUGCUUUUACUUAUUCCUCUAGAAAAUAUUGCCAUGGAAUAUUUUUUUUUGCAAUUUUUCUUCAGUUAACAGAGAUCCCUAGUGCUUGCCAGUUCCUCUUCCAGAUAGCAUUUUCAAGAGGAAAUUUUCUUCCUUCUUUUUCCCGUUUCAUUCAUCUCCCAACUUGUGAAUUUCUUGCAAUGGUUCCCUCACCUUUCCACUCAGACAAUGGA